AUGAUCUGGUCUGAUCCGCCGCUCAUUCUCGAUACCGUCACUUCUGUUCCGUCGGCCCGCCCAUCAACCUACCGACCUCACAGUCUGCCCAAGCCCAAUGAACGCAACAUCCUCAUCACCAGUGCCCUUCCUUACGUCAACAACGUUCCGCACUUGGGCAACAUUAUCGGCUGUGUUCUGAGUGCCGACGUUUACGCCAGAUUCUGCCGCAUUCGUGGAUACAACACGCUCUACAUCUGCGGUACUGACGAAUACGGCACCGCUACCGAGACCAAGGCCCUGGAAGAAAAGACCACGCCCAAGGCCCUCUGCGACAAGUACCACGCCAUCCACAAGUCCGUCUACGAGUGGUUCAAGAUCGACUUUGACCACUUUGGCCGCACCACCACCGAUCAGCAGACUACCAUCUCCCAGGAUAUUUUCAACAGAAUCGAUAAGAAUGGCUAUAUUCUCGAAGACACCAUGACCCAGUUGUACUGCGAGAAACACAGCUCGUUCCUGGCUGACCGAUACGUCGAAGGAACGUGUCCGCUGUGUGGAUACGUUGGCGCCCGAGGCGACCAGUGUGACGGAUGCGGCAAAUUGCUCAAUGCCACCGAGCUCAAGGAUCCUCACUGUAUCCUCGACAACGCUACGCCCGUCAUCAAGACCUCGAAGCAUCUGUUCAUUAACCUCGAGAAGCUCCAGUCCAAAUGCGAGGACUGGGUUCAGGAAUCGAGCGUGAAGGGCAAGUGGUCCACCAACAGCUGUACCAUCACCAACGGCUGGCUUCGCGAGGGUCUGAGGCCGCGCUGCAUCACCCGCGACUUGAAGUGGGGAACGGCUGUUCCGCGUGAAGGCUACGAGAAGAAGGUCUUUUACGUCUGGUUCGAUGCCCCGAUCGGAUACCCAUCCAUCACUGCCAACUACACCAAGGACUGGGAGCAGUGGUGGAAGAACCCUGAACAUGUGCAGCUCUAUCAGUUCAUGGGCAAAGACAAUGUCCCCUUCCACACCGUCAUUUUCCCUUGCUCGCUGCUCGGCACGGGCGAGCCCUGGACUAUGCUCCACCAUCUGAGCACCACCGAGUAUCUCCAGUACGAGGGCGGCAAAUUCUCAAAGUCGCGCGGCGUCGGCGUCUUUGGCAACAACGUCAUGGACUCUGGCAUCCCACCCUCUGUCUGGCGAUACUAUCUCCUCAGCAACCGGCCCGAGAGCAACGACUCGCAGUUCACCUGGGAGUCCUUUGCCAUGGCCAACAACAACGAGCUGCUGGCCAAUUUCGGCAACUUUGUCAACCGGGUGGUCAAGUUCAUUGGCGCAAAGUACGACUCGGUGAUUCCUGCUUUCACGACAACGGAGGCUCCCGAGGUCAAGCUGAUCGAGAGCGUCAACCAGAAAGUGGCCGAGUACAUCGAAGCUCUGGAGUCGGUCAAGAUCCGCCAUGCCCUGAAGGUCCUCAUGGACAUCUCGGCCCUCGGCAACGAAUAUCUCCAGAGCAACAAGAUCGACAACAGCCUGUUCUUGAACGCACGCAGCCGCUGCGACACUGUCGUCGCCGUCGCCGCCAACCUGGUUUAUCUGCUGGGCUCGCUCGCGUACCCGUACAUGCCCGACACCUCCGAAUCGAUCUUUAGACAGCUCAACACCCCCUCUCGCCGGAUCCUGGACGACUGGCAGGCCGACGAGAUCCUUGCCGGCCACACGAUUGGCUCUCCCGAAUACCUCUUCAAGCGCAUCGAGAAGGACCAGGAAAGCGCCCUCCGAGAAAAGUAUGCUGGCAAGCAGGUCCCUAGCGAGACCAACGCCGCCGCCACCUCGUCUUCCGCCAAGAAGGCCGCUGAUAAGAAGAAGAAGGCCAGUGUGGCCCCCGCCCUGCCCAACGAGGCCCCUGCUGGCAUCGAAAAGACCCCCGCCAUCAUCGAUCUCGAAGCCAAGAUCAAGGAAACCGGAGACUCCAUCCGCCAGAAGAAGGCUGACAAGGCCGACAUUGGCGAUGACCUUGUUCAGCUCAAGGAGCUCAAGACUCAGCUGGCUGCCGAGAUCGCCAAGCAGCAGUGA